UAAACUGUUAGAAUACAUUUUUAACAUUGCUCUUUGCAUGAGUUUGUUUUAUUGAGAUUUUUAGCUCGAGGUUUACUCUAUUGUGAGGUGAGUAGAAACGAUGUGAUACUCUAUUUGACAAUGUAAGACGAUUCCGUUUAUGUUGGAAAUUACAUUUUGUGUAUCUUUCGACGUUUUGAUGCAUGUUUUCAACAAAGGAAUUACUGAAGGCUCAUGUUGCCUCUCCUGCCCAGUGCAGUUAACACCGAUGACUCAACACAAUAUUUAUAUAUCAGAAGUGUCAAAACGGUCAUAACCUGUCGAUUUAUGCCUUAUUUGGUCGUCAUGCACACCUGUAAACCACGCCUAUUACCGGAUCAUCAAUAAAACCAGCAGCACUUCAUCUGAAGUUCACUGACUUUGGACUGAAGAAUACAGUGACUGACAGCUGACUUACAAUGAUUGAUCUCCCAUCUCUGUCUGUGACCUGGACCCUGGUGGUUCUGGUCAUAACGCUCCUGUUUAUUUGGGGUGUUUGGCCACAUAGAUUUUUCAAAAAACUGGGAAUCCCAGGACCAAGGCCUUGGCCUUUCUUGGGCACUCUUCUCUCAUAUGCUAAAGGUUUGUGCAAUUUCGAUAUGGAGUGUGCUAAGAAGUAUGGAAAAGUUUGGGGGAUUUAUGAUGGAAGGCUCCCAAUUUUAAUGGUCACUGACCUGGAAAUGAUCAAAGUGAUUUUGGUGAAAGAAUGUUAUUCUAACUUUAUAAACAGAAGGAAAAGAACUACAGGUCUGGCUGGUCCCUUUGCUGAUGGCAUAAUUAUGGUUCAAGAUGACAGAUGGAAGAGAAUGCGUAGUACACUCUCCCCGUAUUUCACAAGUGGUCGACUGAAGGAGAUAUUUCCCAUAGCUGUGAUACAUGCAGAUCGUUUUAUUGAAAACAUGCAAAAGAAAGACCACGAGCAGCCAGUUAAAGUAAAAGAAGUUGUGGGUCCAUAUAGUAUGGAUGUGGUUACCAGCUCCUCCUUUAGCGUUGACAUCGACUCCAUAAACAAAGCAGAUGAUCCUUUCGUUACCAAUGUCAAGAAGUUCGUCCAGUUUAAUAUGUUCAAUCCUCUCCUGCUGCUACUGCUUUUGUUUCCCUCCCUUGCACUGGUUUUGAAGAAAAUGGGGAUUACUCUUUUCUCAAAGUCGUCUAUGGAAUUUUUCUACAGUGCCUUGAGAAAGAUUAAGGACGACCACAACACGGAAUCAAAGGGUCGGGUAGACUUUCUCCAGCUCAUGCUCCAAAAUCAAAUACCCGGUGAUCAUUUUGGUGACACAGAAGAGCAACCAGCAAAAGGACUGACAGACCACGAGAUUCUCUCCCAGUCCCUGGUUUUCAUUCUCGGAGGUUAUGAGACGACAAGCACCACUCUCACUUUCCUCCUCUAUAAUCUUGCCACUAAUCCAGACUGUCUGGAAAAGCUGGUUGAGGAGAUUGACAAAAACUUCCCUCUUGAAACUCCCAUCACAUAUGAAGCACUGAUGAAAAUGGAUUACUUAGAAAUGGCUAUCAACGAAUCAAUGCGCCUCCUUCCCACUGCACCACGCUUGGAGAGGUCCUCUAAGAAAACUGUGGAGCUCAAUGGGGUGACCAUACCAAAGGACACUCUGAUUGGAAUUCCUGUAUAUGUUUUGUGUCGUGACCCGCAGCUCUGGGACUCUCCAGAGGAGUUCAGACCAGAGAGGUUCAGCCCAGAAUGUAAAUCAGAGAUGAACCAGUACGCUUUCCUGCCUUUUGGACUCGGGCCUCGAAAUUGCAUUGGAAUGAGAUAUGCUGUAAUGAUCAUGAAGAUUCUUGUUGUGAAGCUGCUUCAGAACUUCAGUGUGGAAACAUGUAAAGAGACACAGGUCCCUCUAGAGAUGAAUGUCGCUUUUCAGCCUAAGGUUCCCAUCACACUGAAGUUUAUACCUAGAUCUCACAAGGAAAAACAAUAAUGCAAUUCCAAACAGUUACGUUAUAUAAUAAUGAAUAAUAAGAAAUGUUGCAAUCAUUUUAAUCAUGAAGACUGAAACACAUUAUAAUGUUUACACAAUUAUAAUUCUCUUUUAACAAUUAAAUAUAAUGUUAAUCGUGUUAUGUUCACCUUGUUUUACACUUGACUGAAGUGAGUCAUUGUGUGAUUUAUAAUCCUUAAGACUGAUGAACCUUGAGCUCUUCCUGGUUCAUUCAGUUUGUCAUUUUAAUGCUUAUUGACAUUUAAUAAAUGUAUUUUAAAAGACGCAACAUUGUGCACAUUUAAUUAUAUAGUUAUAUGUUUUAUAAGAUAAAAACAACUAAAUAAUUCAUAUGUACAUUGUACAGUAUAUAAUCAAUGCAAUGUAUAUUCAUGUAGCAAUAAAGCAGAUGUGAAGUUC